AUGGCGCUGACGAGAAUACUAACCGCCAUUGCUACCUGCUUCCUGAUCUUAGGCACUGUCCUGGAUGCUGCCGAUGCCGGCAACUCGUCGCAGCACGUUGUGCCCAAUGCCACUGGAGACAAAGCUCUCGACCCGGAAAAAGUGCAGAAAUACAGGUCUCUUCUUGACGAAUUCAACUGGAGAGUCAAGUUCGAGGACGGAUUCAAGUGGCACGACAUAAUCGACAGUUACACCCCAGCCAAUGCGGACUGCUCGCCGAGAUGUCUGAAUUGUGCACCUGGCUGUAACCCAAGAUGCUGUGCGCUUGACAGUUCUGAAGCAACCAAGGACAGGUCCAAGGCCUCUCCUGACGCGUUCAUCUCUCACCCGAUCAUACCCGGCAUCGGGCGCCCUCUUCCCAUUCCACGGCUCGGCUGUCCUUGCCACUGCGAGUCGUGGUGCCCCAGAAACGUCCAAAUUGUCUGCUGCUUCACGCCGGCCUCCGCCUCCUCGCCCGACGGACCAGGAGAGCUUACCGCCCGUCAGCAAACCGGCGCCGUCGUCGACAACGAGGAGACACAGAAGAGUCUCCUCGACCAUAUCCUCCCCACCCAUGGACGUUUCUGGGGCCACCCCAGCCACCCAGAAGCCUGCCCGUGUUACUGCGCCUCGACCUGCCCGGCAUAUAUCCAGACGAUCUGCUGCACGACGCCAGGGUCCGACGCCCGCAUCGUCCACGAGCCUCCCCCGAAGCCGUUCGACGUCCUAGCGAUGGUCACCGAGACCGCGACGGGGGACCCGGUCUCGAUCCUCGCCGCUAUCAACCUGACCGUCUUCGACAGCUUCAUCACCAUGAACCUCGUGCGCGGACUCGGGCGGAUUGACGAGGUCGCGUACAGCGACGCGACCAAGACGUUCGAGAUCACGCUCGGCGUCGUGGUCGGGCCCCAGCACGCCAAGCAGGCGCUGGCCCACACGUUCGUGGUCGUCGACGGGUCGGGUCUGCUGGAGGAAGAGCAGGUCUUGCUCGGCAUGGGCUUCAUGAACAGGAUCGGCGUCCGCAGUGGAGUGGGAGGUGGGGGUGGUGGCGCGCUGAUAGUGAACAAGGACUUCCUCACCCCUCUGGAAGAAGGCCUCCCUGUGCUGACGGGCGUGGUGGAUGGGGACGCUUAG